AUGACCAACAUAGCGGAUUCGGUAUUUGAAACAGAGACUGCAGAGAUAUCUCCAGUUAAAACAUGCGAAAUUAUCACUAACAAUAACCCGGCAGUUACUGAAUCGACCCCGUUGAAACAUCUCAGUUUGUCGUACAAUACUUUUACCAACGAUAUGAAAGGGGUUAAAGCGGACAUAACAGUUAUUCAAAAACAAAUAACAUCUAUAAACAAUGUUAUUAACUCUACCAACGCGAUUAUAGAAUCUAUUAGUAAAGUUUUGGACUCUACAGAAAACCGUCAAAUAUCGUACGACACCAGAAUGGAGACCUUGCUUAAGGAGUUUUCCAUAAUUUUAGACGAGAAAAACAGAGCGAUAAACGAGCGAGAUAUCACUAUUAAACAGCUUCAAGCGAAUUUGUCAGAAAUUGAAAAUGAUAGAAACUCAUUAAAUCUUAAGAAUUCACCAACAAAGCAUGUUGACAAUAAAAGUAAGACUGCAUCGCCGCCAAUGCAGCCCUUGAUGUGUCAAAUGAAUAAUAUUGAGGAUUUAAUCAACUUGUCUAAAAUUAACGAUCUAUGUGAUAUUGAAAUCGAUGUCUUGGGCGAUGCAUCCAAAUCUGAUGAUAUGCUUCUAAGUCCAAAUAAUUCUACUAUAAAGGAACUUGAGGCCUUUAUUGACAAGUCUUUCUAUAGCGCCUCUGUCGAGCUAUCUAAUCCUGUCCAGCCGACGGACUUCUCUACUCUAGCGCAAAGACGCUCUCAAGAAAACCUGCCUAAAUCCGAAGCUCAAUUUCUAACAUUUAAAGAAAACGUUGAAACUCGGCUGCAAGUUUUGUCGUACAAACUCUUUGAACAGAAUAAUACCAUAAAUAUAAAUAAACAAGAGCUAUGCAAAUUGACCUGCAAAAAUUUACAUCUUAAAUCACGUAUCUCGGAGUUGGAGGGGAGAUUGUCGCCAAAGAAUACAACAAAUGGGAGUAGUGACCUGAGCCCAUGUGAAAAAAUAGUUAAAGGAAAUAAUAUCUUAACUGCGAAUAUAGAUGCUUGUGCUAUUUCUAGUCGCCUUUCGCCUGGAACAACUGCAUAUGUCGAUGACAGCGAUGAAUAUGCUAUCUCAACUGCGAAUGCCGAUGCUUGUGCUGUUCCUAGUGACAGUCCACCCGAAAAAAGUGCGCAUGCUGAUGACACUUCGGCCCCUAUAAGUCAACAGUGUGGUGAAGAUAACAGCGGAGAAUAUGAUGAGACUUUGAACCGGACUGACAAUAUCGUCAACCCAGAACGCACAAAAAAGCUCGUAAAGCCCGCCAUAAUGUGCAAUAGUAAGUCAACGAUAUGUCAACAGAAAAUGUAUGGGAAAUCUCCUCUUCAGGAUCGGACAAUGCCACAAGAUUGGUUAAAUUAUCUCCCUUUUGUAGAAACCGGUCAAGAGGAAAAUGUUAAUUCGAAUGUUUCGAUGCAACUAGAUUAUAAUCUUACGAGAGAGAAUCCGGUAGAAACGCUACCAUUGACUAAGAUGUCACCUCGGACUAGCUCUCAUAAUAAUACCAACGUUAUUCCCGAUGAAGUUCUACACACGCCUAUUGCGUUACUGGGCGCUGAUUCUAGUAAUGUGUGCAUGGAAGAUCAGUUAAAAGCAUAUCGACGCAAACAUCAAACGGUAAACCGCAUCAAGCAAUGUCCAAAUCCCAUGCAACCCAAAAAGGUUACGUUUUUUAAAGAACAAUCAAAACCAUACUGUGGUAGAGUUAAUAAAACUCGAUUUCAGACAGAGUAUAACCAGGCGUUUUUUCGGGAGGGAAAUGCGUAUCGACACACAAACGACUAG